AUGAGAUUGGCCCUCCUGGCCUUAAGACUGAUGUGUUUGGCCUGGUUGUGGCCUGUCACUCAGCUCAACAGCAGCACUUUUCCAAACAAGAGGAGGCACAAGGAGCUGUACACUGGAGAAAACACUAAACUAAAGCAUGGAGGACGAGUGGAUCUUAAGAUGAAAAAACUGGACAGCACCAAGUCUCUACUAAUUAAAUCAGAGCAGCUACUUCGAAUUGAAGAUCAUGACUUUGCAAUGCGUCCAGGAUUUGGAGGUUCAGCGCUUCCUGUUGGAAUAGACGUUCAGGUGGAGAGCAUUGACAGCAUAUCUGAAGUGAACAUGGACUUCACAAUGACUCUCUACCUGAGACAUUACUGGCAGGACAACCGACUGGCAUUUCCCUCCACCAACAACAAGAGCAGGACCUUUGAUUCACGCCUAGUGAAGAAAAUCUGGGUUCCAGAUGUGUUCUUUGUCCAUUCUAAACGUUCCUUUAUCCAUGAUACCACCAUGGAAAAUAUCAUGCUAAGGAUUUAUCCCGAUGGCAACAUUCUCUACAGUGUCAGGAUUACUGUGACCGCUCUUUGCUCAAUGGACUUCAGUAGUUUCCCCCUGGACACACAGAACUGCUCUCUGGAGCUGGAGAGCUAUGCUUACAAUGAGAACGACCUAAUGCUCUACUGGAAGAAUGGGAACAAUUCAUUAAGGACUGACGAGAUCGUGCUCUCUCAGUUUUUUAUUGAAGACUUCCAGCCUUCCUUUGGGCUUGCCUUCUACAGCAGCACUGGUUGGUACAAUCGGCUCUACAUUAACUUCAUCCUACGUAGACAUAUCUUCUUCUUCAUGCUUCAGACAUACUUUCCCACCAUGCUGAUGGUGAUGCUGUCUUGGGUGUCAUUCUGGAUUGACAGAAGAGCCGUGCCUGCCCGUGUCUCUCUGGGCAUCACCACAGUUCUGACAAUGUCCACAAUCAUCACUGGUGUCUCAGCCUCUAUGCCGCAGGUGUCUUACGUCAAAGCUGUAGACAUCUACCUGUGGGCAAGCUUCCUGUUUGUCUUUCUCUCUGUCAUUGAGUAUGCAGCGGUCAACUAUUUCACCACGGUGGAGGAGAUGAAGAAACUCAAGAAUGCAAAGAUCCCCAGCACCUUCAAUAACACCCAGGCUAUGGCCUUUGACGGUUGUUUCCAUGACAAUGACAUCGACUUGGCCUCUUUCCCUGAGGUUGCCAGCAGCACAAACACAGAAAGAAACACCCAGUCUCGAAACUCUACUGUGUCUGCACCCACAGAGGGAACCAGGUUGCGCCGCAGGAAUACUUUAAAAUACAACCUGAGCUUCAUCAUGAGCAACAGCUACAUGAUCGACUCCUACUCAAGAGUUAUUUUUCCUCUGGCUUAUCUCCUCUUCAACAUCAUCUACUGGAGUAUGUACGCGUAG